CAAGUUUCAAGCUAAAACUACACAUGUUUGUCAAAAUUUCAUUCUUCCGGCUGGUGAUUUUAUUUAGAGUGCCACCGCCAUCAAACAAGAUAAACGAAUGAUAGCUUACAAGUCUUUUUUAAGAGUCGAUCUUGCUUGGAAAUUCACAACAAAAAUUCAUGUAAUACCGAAGUGCACACAACACUUCCACUUCCAGAGGUGUCUUUUUUCUUGCGGUUAUAAAUCUGGGACACAUAUUGAAGGAGCUUUAGGUGUUGCCAUGGACCGGAAAAAGCAGAAAAUGGUUGCCAAAACAUGGAGACCAGUUUCUACCCAAUCAAUGUCUAUUGAAGGUGAUGAGAAGCAUGACUUUGGAGGUCAAGUGCAAGAAAUUAAAUGCACCGUCUCUUCCUAUGAGUCAACAGUUCUGGCAGGGGACGGUGAAGCUGAAGUGGUAAAUCAUGUAGCUGACUCAACUCGCAGCCCAAAGGCAGUGCAGUUUAGUGAAGGCAUUGAUCCAGAAGGACAAACAACAUCCUCUGCUGAUGAUAAACCACUUUCAGCAGCUCAGAAGCAUUCAGUUACAGUCAAAGCAGGGGCUUCCUUGAUGCGUUUCAUCAAAGGGAAAGGAGGUGCAACACAGAGGAUAAUUGAGGAGGAAAUGGGAGUAAAAAUCAUACUUCCAUCAUCGCGGAAGGAGGAUUGUCUCAUCAUAGAAGGCAGUUCUGCUGAAAGUGUGGCAAGAGCAUCAGAUAGAGUCCAAGCCGUAAUUGAUGAGACAGUGAAAAGCCGAAAUCUUGACUACUCUCACUUUGUAUCACUUCCAUUGGCCAUACAUCCUGAACUGGUCAACAAGCUCAUCAACUUCCAGAAUUCGGUUCUUGGAAAUACUGUAGUUAAUCAAGAUGAAAAUUUGGAAUGUGAUUCAAGUGCUAAAACUUCUUAUCCGGAAGGUGAGGAGCAGAACUUGAGCAAACCACGGAUUGCAGUGGAACUCAAAACUGAAGAUUCUAAUGAUCAUGUUAAAGUGGAUAUAACCAACAUACCACUCGUGAGUUACUCGCCUAAAGGGUCUAAGUCCUCUACCUCAGAAUCAAAGGCUUCUAAACUAUUAGAUUUGGGAAUUGAGAAAUCCAUCUUUAUUAAACCAAAAACAUUCCACUUAACUGUGCUCAUGCUGAAGCUUUGGAAUAAUGACCGGAUUGAAGCUGCUGCUGAAGUUUUGCGGAGUCUCUCACCAAAAGUAAUUGAUGCUUUGGAGAGCCAACCUGUGUCUAUAAGACUGAAGGGUUUGGAGUGCAUGAAAGGUUCUCCAGCAAAAGCUCGUGUUGUAUAUGCUCCUGUGGAAGUAAUUGGUGGUGAAGACCGACUUUUACGUGCCUGUCAGGUGAUCAAUAAUGCGUUCACUGAAGCUGGUCUUGUUCUUGAAGAUGAUACAAACCAGAAAUUAAAGUUGCAUGCCACCAUAAUGAAUGCGCGACACAGAAAAAGCACAAGAGGAUCAAGAAAAGCUGAUUCCUUUGAUGCACGAUGGAUUUUUGGUCAAUAUGGCUCAGAAGAAUGGGGAGAGUAUCUUAUCCGUGAAGCCCAUCUUUCACAAAGGUUUGUGUUCGAUGACAAUGGCUAUUACCAUUGCUGUGCUUCCAUCCCAUUUCCUGAAGAGAUGCAACUUGAUUGAGUUCUAGAAUCCAAGGUUUAAUAGUUUGGCUUUUGCUGUUAUUGGUAGUAUAUGCUCUCAUAGUUAAUUGUGUUGUAUCUUCCAUCAAACUCUAGGCCUUUUGAUUGAAGCGGAGAGUUAAAAUUCUGUGUGCGACCAAUGUACCACCCUGAAAGACACAUACGACUAUUGUUAUAAACUCAAUAAUAUGA